AAUGUGGUGGACGAUCACCGGGAAUUUCGGGAACAUUCUACCAAUAGAUUGGACAAAGUCUUUCUCCAGGAAGAUGCACAUCCCGACCUUGAACCUAAGCGAUAAAAAAGGUUCCAUGACCCCAGAUGAUGAGAUUCACAGUUCGGAGGACGAGGCGGUGGCAUCAGACUUGGACAUGCACGCUCUCAUCUUGGGCGGGCUGCAUCAAGAUCACGAGUGCCCAGUCAAGACUGCAGACGAGGUGAUUCAAGAGAUAGAUGACAUGAUGCAGGAGACGCCGUCGUCGGAGGGGGACAUCAUAGAAUACAACGAGGCACUCGAGAAGGGCAAGGAGGUGCUCAACUCCCCGCUAUACGAAGACAAACUUCGCACACUAUCGCUGUCCCAGCUAAACGAGAUAUUCAUGGAGCUAGAGGUUUUGAUCCGCGAGUUCUCCGAGACGUUGAUAGCGGAGUUAGCUCUGAGAGACGAGUUGGAAUACGAGAAAGAGUUGAAGAACACGUUCAUAUCGUUACUGUUAGCGGUGCAAAACAAGAGGAGACAACACCACGUGGAGAGGAAGAAACGGCCGGGACCACCCAGGUCGCCUAACAUAAACUCCACCAGCUCGGAACCUAAGUACCUCACGACGGUUAUCCCAUUCCACCUUGACAACGGCCCGCCAGACAACCAGACCUUACAAGUUCUUAUCAAAAUUCUGAAGGCGAUCAACGAAGACAGUCCUACUGUGCCCACACUAUUAACAGACUACAUACUCAAGGUCCUCUGCCCAACAUAAACACUCGUCCUAUUAUACCUAGAUAAAUAUAUACUUCAUUGAAAUCUAACAAUCAUUGUCUAACUGCGAUGGUCUCUUUGUCUUCAUAUAUUUGAUAUAGUUUUUGCUAGGUUCGCUACUAUGAAAUGUAUGGAAAGAAACGAGACGUUAUCACAGCUUUUGAAUACUUCCACAACUCGUACUAGAGAAUCUGCACAUUUAAUACUUAGAGAGAAUACAAAAAUAACCAUACACAAUAUCUUAUUCAUAUGAAUUUAUCAUAAAAUGUCAUAUUUGAUGAGCAUUACCCUGUUGGUAAUAGAAAAAUUAUGGACUGUUUUAUUUCUAAACAUUAAUUUGUAAAAAUGUUUUAAAUUUUGAAUUCAAUUCUUAAUUCCAUCAAGGAUCAUAAUUUUUUCCAGGUGUAAUUUUUACUAAGUACGGGCAAUAGCCUAGUAAUAUCGCUGUGAAAAGUCAUAGUAAAAAUAUAUCGUACCUAUCAUGAAUAUACUUAUAUUAUUAUGUAAGUCAAAACACAUUUUACCAUUAGACAAUUGAUAUUUUAACAUCAAAUCAUAAACACUAAUAAAUUAUUAACACGUUGACUUUAUUGCUCUAAAAUUAUUGAGAAUUUCUAAAAAAUAUUUUUAGUAAUUAAGUACGUUUUUAUCGAUUCUUCUGCUUGUAUUAUUAACGACAAAAAAUAUUGAAAAUUUUAUCUAAUUGAUAUGCUUAAAUGGAAUCUAGAUGAAGAAUAAAUUCCACGUCACUUUUGCUUGAACUUCAUUACAAUAAUAAAAAUAUUUUCUGAGAGUUUUAUCUAAAAAGGAAUAUUAUUUAACCUUUUUUUUCAUUAUUUUUGGCGUAAUAUUCCCAGAGUAAAACAUGAUAUUCUUCUAUUGUCACAGAUUUAAUGACAAAAAUCAAUGAAGUUGUUUUUCAUAGGAACUGUUAUACUCAUUUCUGUUAAUUAUUGCCAUAAUUUAUAAUAAUUACAACUGCGGUAAUACGUUUUAUGUAUUUGUACGUUUACUGUUUAUUAUUUGCAUAAAUGAACUGUGAUAUCAUGAGGUAGUUAUUAAAAUGCAACCUUUUAGAUUUAAAUAAAGUUAUUUUAACUGACUUUUGUAAUGUUAUUUAAUUUAAUGCUUCUGAGGUUUAGGUAAGAAGCAUGCUAAAUAUUUAUAAAACACUUUUAGAAUAACCUGUCAGUCAAUUUUUGUUUCACGUCUUUAAUUGUUUUCAAAACUCGUAGCAACUAAGUAUAUUACUGCAAUCAUAGGUUUAGCAAGAUUGGGUGAAGCAACUGGCAAUUUCACAAAUAAAAAUUCACAAGUAAAAGACGCAGCAUUCGUUUUUGCGCUUGCAGUGGCACAUUCUUGUAACUUGAAGAUCAAAGUUGCUGUGUCUAUGCAGGGCAUUUUUUGUUAAAUGCUAUACUUAGGUGCUAUGAUUUUCCUGUAAAUACCCAGAACUAUCAUUUUCCGGUCAAUUGUCGCUGUCAAAAUGUGAAUUCGAUUAAUAAUGUAAAUAUUAAUGAACUUAUAUUGAAAAUGGAAUUGUCCUCUCGAAUUAAUGUUUCUAAUUAAGGUAACAUCAGCUGUGGAGGCUUGUAAAUAGUUUUUAAUUAUGCUUAGAAUCGUCGUAUGUAGCGUUUAUUUUAAGAUAACUUACUACUGACAUCGUUUUAACAGCUGACCUGUCACACGCCUGAUUAACUAAAAUCUCAUUUUUGUAUAAACAUCGAAGUUUUGUUUAUUUAUUUUUUACGGCAAUCGUGUAGUUUUAGAUAUGUAGCAUUGUCUGCCCGAAAUAAACAGCUAUUUCAUUAAAAAAAACUUAUAGAUACUUAGUUCUAAGACGAUUUGUUGUAUGUAUAAGUUAUGUAUAUCUAGUCUCAACGUCUUUUAGUCAUAAAUUGUUAAUUUAAAAAAAAAUGUCGGCGGAGUUAUUGUAAUAAGGAGAAGAUGUAACCUUUACAUGUCAAGUUAUGAAUUGUUGUGAUUUCGAAAAAUAAUUGAUUGUGAAUUAAAUUUUGUUCGCGAUGUUACUGUGGAUGCUUUUAUUGCACAUUUUGGACUUCAUAAUAUUUAGAACACAUAUUUGUUGUGCAAAAAAAAAUCACUAAUAAAUUUGUGGAUAGACGAACAAAGGUACCUAGUGUAGGAAAUAUUGCGAACAUUAAUGAAUACUAAAAAAAGAACAAAAAUAUAAAUGUUAAUUGAUUGAAUUACAUGAAAGGUCUGCAUAAAUAAAUCAGAUCGGUC